GUUUCCUCUCAUACGAGAAAUGAAAACCUCUGAUUUCUAGGUCCGUAACUUCAUAAUUUUUUUUAGUUUCAACUCCAGAAUUUUCAGUUAGAAUCUCAGGUUUUCAAGAGCACUUGCGACACCCGGGUUUACGUUCAGAAUGCCUUGUCUUGUGAUGGUCUGAUCGUGAAGUACGACAAGGAAAGUCCCAGGACCGAUCCCCGAGCGCCACAUCAUCUGGUUGGGCUGGAAGCUCGUCCUCGUCGUUUCCGUCGCAGUCUACGUCGUUGCUCUCCUCCUCCUCCAUUUUUCAGGCCGAUAUCGCCUCUCCGAACUCCUUAUCUAGCGCGAGGACGAGAUCUCGGGUUUUCUUAAAUAGCUACGACGGGUAUCCCAAGAUCGACUUCCUCUUCCUCUCCCGUCUGGACCUACCUCUUGAUUUUCCCUGGAGCACCUUCUUUGAGGUCUGUUUCUCUGUUUUCCAAAUUUGUGUGCAGUUCUCUGCAAAAAAAGGAAAGGAAUUUCUGCAGUUUCUUGGUAAAGCUAUAUGAAUUUCAGGAUCUGAAGUUGUUCGGUUUUUGCGGAAUGCUUAUGCUGUCUCUUAUUGCAGGUGAGAUGGGGAGAAUCAAGCAUGAUAGAAGUGGAGAGAUUGUUGCUUGCAGUUGCUCUAGAAGACCCAGCGAAUCAAAGAUUUGUCCUGCUUUCUGACAGGUUUGUAAAGCUUGGACAAGGAUUAGUAUUGUAAUUGAGGAAAUUUUCCUAUUCCUUGGAUCAAGAACAUUUUCUUUGAGUUCAUGUUAAUCUAGGUUUUUCUUUUUCUGUAUUGCAGUUGUGUUCCUCUUUACAAUUUUAGUUAUAUAUACAAGUAUCUGAUGGCUUCUCCAAGGAGCUAUAUGGACAGGUAGAUGGCAGCCUGCUUGAUUCUUGAGGUGCCUAUAAUUGAUUCUUUACAAUUGUUUCCAUGAUAAAUGAAAUGAUAGUGUUCUAUCUGUUUUAAGCCUUUUCUGGUUCCUACCGAAGAAAUCACUUCAUUUUGUAGCUUUCUUAAUGUAAAGGAUGGUAGAUACAGCUCAAAGAUGUCAUCUAUCAUCCCAAAAGACAAGUGGCAAAAAGAAUCGCAGGUUAUCCAUUUUCUGUUAUAGAUAACAUUAAAUUAAUAUAGAGAUGGUUGAGUGUUGGGGGAACUGGAUUUUUUAAUGAACUGCUUUAGAUACUUCAACUGGAUUUAAUAAGUGAUGGGAAUUGAUUAUUUCCAUCUUUGCCUCUCUUGCCUUCUAAAAAUAGUUGAAGAUUGAGAUGUAUCCUUGUCUAUUCCUCAUGAGUUUUAUAUGUCUUUUAUUACCAUCCGGUACAAAAAAUUAAGCUCCGGUUUGAACUUAUUUACAUUUGCAGUGGAUCUCCUUGAUAAGAAGCCAUGCUGAAGUUGUUAUAAAUGAUGAGAGAUCAUUUUUCCAGUUUUUAAGAAAUUAUGCAAGGUACACAAUUAACCAUUCUGUCCUUGGUUCCAUUCCACUAAAUAUUAGAUGCUCGUAUCUUCUAAUUUUGAUUUCUGAAGAAAAGAUUAUGAAACAG